AUGAGCUUUAAGUUCCCCUCCGACACGAGCCCCUCUACACCGGGGAAGCCUCGGGGUCUCUUUCACAAUGGUUCUGCGGCUGCUCCUCCUUCUGCCUCCCACUCCUUUACGCCGCAAGGCCCUCCCCCAUCCACCAUCUAUGGAAGCUCUCAGAUGAGCUCAGGGUCGCACGGAAAUUCUCCUAAACCUUUCUUUAGUCAAUCCGAGAUGAUGAACGACAGUAUCUUCGGGUCUUCCAUUGCUUCACCCGACUUUGCUCCCUCGCGAGCGAAAAAGACUGCCGCCACACACCCCUUCGCGGCGUCGCAAUCUCUGUUCAGUGUGACAAAUGGCAAUGGAUUCGGGGGAUCGGCUAAUUGGGGAGAAUCAACCGGACUCGGGUCGUCGCAGAUAGAGGAAGAGCUCGACCACAACGACGAAAAAGAAAAAGAAAAAGAAAGAGUGGAGGAAGAGGAGGAAGAGGAAGAGGAAGAGGUUGACCUGCCACGUCAGGGACUGGUAAAUAACACUAAUGCCGGGCGUGGGCCAGGUUUUUUGGACACCCAGUUUUUCAACCCAGGUUUCGCACCGUCGAUGCCUGCGCAGCGCAAACCCAUCUACUCUAACCCCGGGAAUGCAAAGCGACCUAAACUUGAUGAACGUUGGGCGAAUCAGUCUCCUCUGCGCAAGGCGAAGCUCUUACCCAAAAAGGCCUCCAAUAUCCCAUCGAUUGUGCGAAAUUUCGUAUCGCGAGGACAGCAGGCGCCGGUGGUGGUGGAGGAGUCCAAUGAUAUAAUCGUGAAGACUGAGGACGAAAUCUGCCGGAUGUACGAUGAAGCAAGACAGGUGGAAUACGGGGAUGUGGAAUUUCAGACCGCAUUAUCAGGGGUCUGCAGUCGCCUAUCUAAGGCAUGGCAAUUUUCUACCGAGAGUCAUGGCGCCUUUCAGUCAGGAACGGGGAUCGGUCCUCACGAAAAUGCUCCGAACGUUGUCAAGGCCAGCUUCUUGGGAUCACUCCUGCUUCAACUCCACCACCCCCCUGUUUCAACCGCAAAGUUUGGGGGCUUCGGUCCUUCCUUUGGACUCUCCGCCCCUCGCGCUUUGAUGCUUGCUGGCCCCAGAUUCGGCCCAGCGGACCCUAUUCCGAAAGUCCUCCUGGACUGGCUCGACGCAAACAAGGCUCCACAGACACCUGACAUUCGGGCAUUAGCACAAGUUGAGCCUAACCCCACGGCCUCUCCAAACUUCUGGGAGCUCAUCAACACCGCUGUCCUACGCGGUCACCUCGCGGAAACAGCGAAGACCCUACGGUCGGCCGACUUCAAUUACGCUCGAUCGGCUUUGGAGGAUGGCUUGCCUCAGACUGGAUACCGUGGAGCACAGCUACAAAACAUUCAACGAUGCAUCAACAAAGCGCUGCAGAUCCUAGAGUCUUGCCCCAGCGUCCGGGAUGACGACUGGGAUGUCCGCGGUGCAGAGUGGGCAUUGUAUCGAAAGCGGGUAAUUUCUGCGGUAACUGAUCUAGAAGAAUUCGCUGAAGGCGAUGAACAACCCAACCCAGAGCCGCCCGCUGCCGCCGCGGCCAUGGGCAAUCGAUUCCAAGCGGUCAACUUUGGUCUAGGGCCUACGAAUGUUACCCAGGAUACUUCGUUUACGCAGUCCGCGCGUAUGGCGGAAAGCCGGGUACCAUGGACCAUCUACCAAAGCCUUCGAACCCUGUACCGCAUUCUCCUCGGCGAUCCAAGUGCGAUUAUGAACCAGGCCCAGAGCUGGAUCGAAGCCACAAUCGGGCUGACGGUGUGGUGGGACGGCGAGGAUGACAACGAAGAAGAGGAAGCAGCAGCUAGCAAGAAUCACUUCCUGCGCUCCCGCACACCAAGAUCCAUGGCUGCUACACGUGCCGAGGCUCCUUAUCUCCGCCGCUUGGAUCUCGCAUUCAGCAGCGCAACCACCACGGGGGGGGCCGACGAGACAGGAUUUCGCAUCAACUCUCUCAGUGGACUUGAGGUUGGGUUGGCAUCGGUUUUUGAAGGGAAUGUGGAAGGAGUAUUGGAAUUGCUUCAAACAUGGUCGUUGUGUGUGGCCUCGGCAGUUGCCGAGGUCGCCUCAGCUGGUGGCUGGCUGGACGCGGGAGGCGGAGCCCAGCCACUUUCGGGCUUGAGUGAGAAUGAUCUCAUGGUGCUCUCGUACGGUCAGGAUGACAAGGGGACAGACCGCAAAAAAGUGCGUAAGGAUGAUGUCCUCAGUGCUUAUGCGAUGGGGUUGUUCGAACGGCGGUCUAUCGAAAAUGAGUCUGGAGCUCGCGAAGGAUGGGAGCUAGCGCUCGAAGUCCUGAGCCGGCUGGACGACAACGAAAAGAUGCAGAAGAGUGUUUCAGAAUUGCUGGAUAGAUUGCCUCUUGAUACAGCUGAGCAGAUGGAUAAGGUGGUUUUGCUUUGUUCCGAACUCGGCUUGGAUAAGGAGGGUCGCCGUGUCUCCGAGCGUUACGGCGAUCUCACUGUAUCCAACACAGACGAAUACGGCCUAGCACUUGUCUGCUACGCUCGUGCGCACAACCGACGCAAGGUCAAGUCGGUCGUCGAUCUCCUUAUUUCGUAUAGUUUGGUUCAAUCGCGGGCUUACCCAGCCACGAGUGACCUAGAUGAGCAACUUCGAACGUUGAUCCGAGAGCCCAAGACUUGUCUUUCAGCUAUCGCGGCCGUGGAUGAGGAGGCGGCAUCGGUCCUGCAAUUCUACUUCAGUGGCUACGCAACGCUCCGUCGAUUCUACGAAACGCGGGAUGAAGCCAUUGGGCUGCCGACGGGGCAGAAGCCACGCUACAAACCAUUGGCUCGGCGGCGGGCGGCAGCGCAGGCGUUGGUUGCUGCGAUCAGCAGUGCAGCGGACAGUAUCUAUGGUGGACUGUACGACCCAGAUCGGGACUCUGCGAUCCAAGUUGAUGGGCUCCUGGCUCUCCUGGGGGAGGCGUUGCCAUUCGUCAACGGUGGUCUGAAUUCCGGAAUUCCAGCUGAAGCUAAUCGAGGCGGUACAGAACGCACGCCCAUCUUGACGACCUCUCAGCAGGUUACGAUUUUAUCUGCGGUGGAGGAUCUUGAGACGGUGACGCCGCGGGUGUAUGCGCAGUGUGAAGAAUGUUUCCGAUCGACGCUGCGAGAGUUCCAAUCUUGGCAGCGAGACUCUGGCAGCGGAGGCGCGGCCGUUGAGUCAUACGUGCUGCCGCCGUCGCCACGGGCUCUGCUGAAAAAGUCCGUGUCAUCGGCGACGGGGUCGAGUACAUUCUCCUUCAUUGGCAGCGAUCUGAUGGAGACGGCGCGCCCGCGGUCCCUGUCGGGAUCUGCUGAAGGGUCUGGGGUUUGGGUGCGACGCAGUGACGGGGGCGGCUCCUCUGAACGGGAGUGGGACUGGCGGGCCGGACUGGCAGACGACGCGCAGGGCGAUGAUGUUCUUCGGAUGCUGCGGUUGGGACUGGCGAAUGGGCUGAGCUUGGGGGCUUUGCUGGUGUAA